AUGGCAACAGAGCGCUCCUUGGGUGCUCUUCUUCGGUCGCUUCAGACCUCGUCUGAUUUGCAUGAUGUCCUCGCCUUGCUUCCGACGGCAACGAGCCUCUUAUAUGUGCUUGGAAACCCAUUGAAUAUCACCCUGCUUGCAUCAAAUCUGCUAGCCGCCCCGGCCUUGUGGCAUGGUCCUGUCGAUCUUCUUGCAUGUCGAAAGAUCCUCAGCGUCUACAACACUGCCGCCAUUGCACUUCUGCAAAAUGAAGAAUCGGAGGAUAUUAGAGUCUCGUACAUGAAGCCUCGGAAGAUUGAGCGCGAAGAUUGGGUCAAGGCGGUAGUCAACGGAGCGAACGACAAGUCGCCGCGAUGGCGACAUGUUAUUCUGAUUGGCGGGAUCCUACUGGGCUUCGAAGGCCAAAACAGACAGGGUCUGCCAUCGCAGGUCCGGAGGAAGCUUGAGUCGGCUCUCGUGACGGCCGCUCAAUUUGCUCUCGAGGAUUUGGAUCCCCAGAAUGAGGUUGAUGGUCGGUGCAUCACCAUGGUGCUGAACUAUACCUUCGAGCUCAUAUCCGACUACGAGAAAAGCAGGCUGGACUACGAUCGCCUAUUGCCAGUUAUGGUCAAUGCGACGUUCGCAUCGCCGGAAGGCCUUGAAGGAGGGUACUUUCUUGGGACCGUUGACAAGGAUGUUGUUGAAGCGCCUGGGAAACGGUUUCAGUGGUCGCCACAAUCCGAUACCUUUCUUCGCGUGUCGGCAAUUUCAUCGAGUCCGCUCGUGUCUGCCUUGGGCCCUCUGUCCCGACUCAUUGCCCACGCGGUUGAGAAUGUUCAAGAUCCAGGGUUAGUCGCACGAUCCAUGGAUCAAAUCACGGACUUUGUGCGGACGUUGAUGGUUCAGUGGCGUCAGAACAAACUGUCGGAAGUCGAUCGGGCUGAAGAGGCGGAAUUCCUGGAUCCGGAGUCGCUAAGGAGCACAAUUCCGGGGCUCUGGAAACUGCUUCGCAACUGCUUGUAUUCGAUCGUGAUUGUUCUUCGGGCUGUUCUUGGAAGGGUUCUCAAUGACCAUAUACUGGCUGCUCAUCAAAGUGCGCCGUUCCUGUCCAUGCAAGCUCUACACAUACUUCGCAACCUCUAUUUCAUCUCGUCUCGCAUUGGUCAGAAUGCUUCAUCGCAGCAUGUGUUUGUGACCUUGACUGCGGUGGAUAUCCUUGCGCAAUACCCUGACUUGACCGAGAACUUCCUUCGAAGCAUCAAACCCAGUGAGCUGGGUCAAAUCCCUGCCCAUCCGGUGGAAAGAUGCUUGGAUCUCUUCUUCCUCAAUACUUCCGAGCUGUUUACUCCCGUCUUGUCUUCCACGUUCAGCGAGGAGCUGCUCAUCGCUGCUGCCACGCCGUAUCUUCCGGCAGGCGGCAACAACCAUCUGCUCGAGAUUUUCGAAGCUGCCCACAGUGUGGUGUUAGCUGUAUUCGCCAUCCCCGGCAACGCAACUAUUGCAGCCAAACACCUACCCUUCUACAUCGACAAUCUUUUUGCCGUAUUCCCCGACAACCUCUCUGCCCGUCAAUUCCGCCUCGCCUUCAAAACCGUCAUCCAAGUCACGGCACCCCCUUCUCCGAUCGCCAACAGCCAGCCCCUUUUCCCGUCUGUCCUCUUGGAGGUUCUCUACGACCGAGCCCUGCACGCCACCUCCGACAAACUUCUCCCGCAGCCGGCGCCAGGCGACGCUGACGAAGGGGGUUCCGAGCUCAACGCCCCGCCGCCCGUGACCGAGCAGGCGGCCCUCACGCUGGCUCUGAUCGACAGUCUCUGUUUCCUGCACGUGGACGAGCUGGAGGACUGGCUUCCCCUCACGGCGCAGCUGCUGACUGCGAUUCGCGCGCCGGACAUGCACAAGCUCUGCGUGGAGCGGUUCUGGGAGGCCCUGAGCAACGGCGAGAUGGACGUGGAGCGCGCCCAUUUCUGCGUGGCGUGGUGGAGCACGUGGGGCGGGCGCGAGAUGGUGCUUUAUGGGGCCGCCGAUCUGAGUGACUCGGUGACUGCUGCGACUGUGGAGGGAGAGGCCGGGGCGGGGGCGGAGGCUGAAGGGGCGUUCAUGAUGAGUGGCGCCCUUGGAAGUGUUGCGAGGGAGAGUAAGCUCUGAGCUGCCCGCGUUCUUUACGGAUUGUAUAUACAGAAGGGAGAUGGAUGCAUGCAUGCGGACGUUUGUUGUGCAAUGAGCUUGAGCGCAAGGGCGUUUAGAGUUGGUUUUGCUUUUGCUUUGGGAUAUUUGAUACCACUCACGCGACUGUUGAACAUAAACUGUGAAUAUAUUUAU